AUGGUGAAGAACUUUCGGGAAAAGGUCAAGCGCCGCAAGGAGCGCAUUAUCAAGAGCUUUCACGAAUUUGGUCUUCUCUCCGGCGCCAAGAUGUACUUGCUCAUCCAAGAUGGCAACGGGGAUAUGACGGAAUACCGGAACACGUCGGACCGGAAGUUCCCCCCGAUAUAUAACCAACUGCGGCGGCUAUUCCCAACGGCCCAGCUUCUGACUCCAGAGAGCUUUGGAGCCAUAAAUGGCCAGGCCGAAACCCGUGUGUCGUCCAACCCGCCCAGCAUGACCCCUUCCACUCGCGAAUUGAAUCUAGACUUGGACCUGUCGCAAGUGGGUCUCCUACAUGAUUGUGACUUGUUUCCGAUGCCCUGUGAAUCGACUGGGCUCCCAGGGCUGCCGUCGGAGUGGGAUGCAGCAGAUGCAGCCCAUUUUCCUAUGAACCCGGGCCACCCUGCAUAUGAGGAUUCUUCCAAUCGAUUGGCGCUCGCAGCAGACGGAUCGACGGGACCCACCGAAUCCAGAGACUAUACUGUACCUCUCAUGUAG